AUGUUGCCAGAGUCGGAGCAUGCAGAGCCUCGCAGCCCCAGCUUUCAGUCAGAAGCGCAGUCACAUCGCUCGACGUCAAAGGAGUUGAAGACGCAGCUGGAGCCCGAACUCCUUCGUGGGGUGCCGCUCGAUGUGGCGCUUGCGGGCUGGGGCAGGCAUUGGGAGACUCCGGACAGCGGCAUGUUCAAUGUGGACCCAAAAAGCUACGAGCUCAGCCGUCCGACCGAAUCACUGGAUGUCUUCCUCAGCCACGACUGGGCCUCGAGUGGAACACUUAAGUUCCUGUCACUGCUCAUCAUCUGCAACUCACGCGCUGCUUUUCUGGCGUGUCUUACUGUCAGCACUGCUGUGGGAGUGCUGCGUGGCUACGAUCUGCUGCCGGAUGAGGGCUGGACCGUGGUGCUUGGCCACGCAACCUUCCUCCUCGUCUUCGCCUUCUGGCAGUGCAUAAGACGUACCGUCUGUCGACCCCUCAUGGUCUUCCUGGACAAGCUCUGCGUGGCACAGCACGACGAGGAGCUAAAGCAGAAAGGCAUCAAAGGGCUCGCUGCCUUUCUGCUGAGCUCUCGGCAGCUCGUGGUUCUCCUGACGCCGCGGUAUUUUACGCGUCUUUGGUGCACGCUGGAAAUCGCGACCUUCAUGAAAGAUCCCGAGCGGCGGAAGCGCAUCCAGUUCAUGCCCUUGAAGACGGCAGUUCUGCUGCUUCUGAGCGCUGGAUGUUGGUUCGCCUUGGCCAUCGGCUGGAAUGUAUUUGCAGGAGUCGUCAACGAUGGACAAGUAUGGCGCAAUUCGCUGAUUUUGACGGGAUUGAUGCUCCUUCUCACAAGCGUUGUGCUGCCCUUCGUGUUCUACUUGGGCAUGGGAAUCGUCGCGGACCUGGAAGAAAUGCCUCGCCAAUUAGCCGGCUUCAAUGCGAAGGAUGCGGAGUGCUUCUGCUGCUCGAAUGGCCACCGGCACCCACACGACGGAUCCAAGCUGCCGUGCGACCGGCUGCUGGUUUACAACACUCUGAGGCAGUGGUAUGGGCAGGAAGGUGAGGUUGACCACUUGGAGAGAUUCAGCAGACAGGUUCGAGAGGAGCUAGCUCCCCGCAUAGCGCUGCUCACUGGCGGCAUGACAUUGCCGCUCAAUUAUGCGGUAUAUAUGGUCGGUGCAAGCUUCCUGCCUUACCUCGCAGACCACGUCGCGCAGUGGAUCGCAAGUGUGCACGCGGGCAGCUCCGGCUAUGCUCUUUUCGCCCUGACUCUGCGGAAGCUCACCGACUGGGGGACCGCGCCCCUGGCCAGCAUGCUGGCUUCGUGGAUAUGCCUGCCCAUGUGGAAAACUGGUUUGUGGCUGAAGAACCGCUGGUGUGCUGCCAUAGCGGCAGACAUCAUUAUCUUCGUUCUCGUGGCCGUGGUGUGGGGUCCUUUGCAAUACCUUCUCGCUUCGACUGCAGAGGAUUCCCUUCUUCCCGUGGCCGUUUUCUUCGCCUGGUUCACCUUGGUCUUGGCUCUCUUCUCCUGCGGCCAGACGGCACUGCUCUGGGCCAUGCAAACCCCGGUACCCAAUGUCACUGCGGCGGAAGCCAUGCGAGAGACAGGGAAGUCGGCGAAGGUCGCGGAAGACGUUUGCCAAGAGGCCAUGGAGAUUUCAUCUUUGGAAGGGACCACCUUCCACAUCUAA